GUGGUUUCCCCACGCUGCAGCACAUCAAACAUAAGUUCCACAUGAAGAAGAGCGGGGUGGUGGUGUUCCAGCAGAGCAGCAGAGGUGAGAACAUGAUGUUGAGCAUCAUCACUCCUCCACAAGAAGACAUGCUGUGUGAGCAGGUGGCUGAAGGAGUGCUGGGCAGGUGUGUGUUUGUCAACUGGCCACACCUGGAGGAAGCUCGCAUCAUCGCUGUGUCCGAUGGAGAACGCAAGUUCUACCUGCAGGAAGCAGCAGGUGUGCAGAGGGUGUAUGACACACCUCCACCCACACAAGUCUCCUACCUGUCAGACAAGGAGCAGAGAGACUGGGAGAAAGACGUCCAAGGCAUCACUGAAGAUUUGGUGAAGAAGAAAGGCAUCCAGGUGAACGAGACCUCGGUGCUUCUGUACGGCCAGCUGCUGACAGGAAGGAAGUUUGUACCUAAAGGCGGUGGUGUGGUGGAGCUGGAGAAGCAAUGGGCCAAACAAGUCAUUCCCUUUGCCUACCAGACUGUGGUCAAGGACAUCAAGGCCUUUUAUUCCUCCUUGAGCACCUUCAGCAGCCUAGAAGAACUAUUCCCUCCUCACACAACCGUCUUCAUGGUGGCCAACCCCUACUACGCUGCCAUGGGAGAGGUGCAAGACUCCAGUGAUGUCAUCAAAGAAGGACGUAUACGUGUGGUCUUCAACGUGCCGCAUGAACCCCAACUGGAGGCUCUCAUCCACAACCAGCAUAAGUACUGUGUCAAGUACAAUCCCGGGUAUGUGGUGGCGUCCCGUCUGGGUAUGACCAGCUACCUGGUGUCCCGCUUCUCCGGCAGCAUCUUCAUCGGCAGAGGCAGCAAAAAGAAUCCCUGUGGCGAGCAGAAAGCCAACGUGGGCCUCAACCUGAAGUUCAACAAGAAGAACGAGGAGGUCCCUGGCUACACCAGGAGGACCGAGAAGGAGUGGCUCUACUCCGCCGCCGUGGAGGAGCUUUUGGCGGAAUACCUGGACAGGUUCUCCGAGGUGUUUGACGCCGUGUCCAGGAACUCUCAUGACGACGUGUUCUACGAAGACGACGUCUGGCCGGGGGAGGACCAGAACGGGGCAGAGAAGGUGUCAGAGAUCACCACAUGGCUGAAAGGUCACCCUGUCAGCUCCAUCAGCAGGGCGUCAUGUGACCUGCAGGUGCUGGACGCUGCCAUCGUGGAGAAAAUUGAGGAGGCGGUGGAGAAGUCCAAGGUGAAGAAGAGCACCAAGAAAGUCCGAGUCACUGUCAAGCCACACCUCCUCUUCAGGCCCCUGGAGCAGCAACAGGGGGUGGUCCCAGACCCCAAUGCCGAGUACCGCCUGUUUGACCGCGUCAUCAACACCCGAGAGAGCUUCACGGUGCCACUGGGUCUGAGAGGAACGGUCAUCGGCAUCAAAGGAGCUGAGCGUGAGGACGAGGUUCUCUACGAGGUUCUGUUCGACGAGGAGUUCUCUGGUGGCCUCAACAUCAGGUGCACGUCGCCUCGUUGUUACCGCCUGCCACCCAGCGCUCUGAUGAACGUGUCCCAUGGCGGCCGAACAGAUCCCAGCUCGCACAAACUCACCGCCAUCGUCAAACCUCAGCCUGCCGCCAACUUCUACUCUCAGCAGCAUGUGGGGAACCUCAACCACUCGCCACGCUCGCCCUUUGUCGCCACACAGCACAACAAGCACGCUGCUCCUCAAGGCAACUCCACUUCUAAGGUUCCGAUCCACAAACAACAAGCGAAGAGUAAAGAGGCGUACACUGAUGUGUGGCAAACUCUGCACAAGUCUGCUCCUCCUCAACACCCUCCUGCCCACUGGCAAAACCAUCCUUCAAUGGCUCCCAUCAGACUGUUGAAGAAAAAUGAAGAUCUAGAUUUGCACAACAGCGACUCUAAAGUCAACUCCUCUAAACCAUCGCUGGAGUUUGAGGAGCUUUUAGCCAGCCUGAAGAUCUCCAAGGAGUGCCAGGAGCCUGCAGACCUUCCUGCACCUGCACCUGUACCUGCUCCUGGUCCUGCACCUGCUCCUGGUCCUGCACCUGCACCCUGCAGCCAGUCAGACCAGCCCUUGUCCCCACAGUCCUUUGCCCUGAAGGGCACCAUGGUGCUGAAGGAGAUGUUGAAGAUAGACAACAGUCAGCAGAAGGAACCACAAGUGUGUGAGGCUCAGAAGAACAUGAGAAGAAGAUCUAAAAAACUAGCUGCCAUGAUGAACGUUCCUCAUGGAGAUGCCUCUCCUCACCUGCCUGUCACCUGUGUCAACAACACCCUGAUGGCCAGCAAGGUGUCAGAGCUGGGGUGUGUGUGUGGGGCGCUAGACAUGGCACCUCCAGACUACACCUUCAUGCACAACACACAGGGUGUGGUGUUGUGUCAAGUCAAGCUGUCCAACGGUCUGAUCGUUCACGGACCACAGUGCCAGUCAGAGAACGAGGCCAAAGAAAAAGCUGCUUUCUUCGCCUUACAAAGAUUGAGUUCACUGGGCCCAAGCUUCCCUCUCCAAGCUCCAGUUUACCGCGGUGGCGUUGAACACCUGCAGGCUCCGUCCAUCAGAGCCAUCUUCAACCAGCCAGGUGGCUUGAUGAUGCCGCCCCAGGCCUGUGGCCCCGCCCCUUUGUGGGCGGUACCUCUUCCUGCUCACCUGCACCACCAGAACCAAAACUUCUACAGAGCAGCGGGUGUGUUUCCUGUGCGGCCGCAUCAUGUUGCACCUGUGGGCUCGCACCAUGUUACACCUGUGGGCUCGCACCAUGUUGCACCUGUGGGCUCGCACCAUGUUGCACCUGUGGGCUCGCACAAGCAGUUCAUCCCCUUGCAGGUCAGAGAACACCACUUUUCACUCUUACUUUUUACUCAACUUUGACCCAACUUUGACUC